AUGGUGCACCCAACCAUAUCCGUUUCGAUAAUGCUCGCAGGUCUGUCUCUGACAGCCAAGGCAUCCAAUUUGCAAUAUACGGUGCCCAGCAGCGUUCCCCGCGAUGCAAUACCUUUGGAUUGCACUCCUGUGGGAGUGUCGAUGGAAUUUUUUAUGUGGCCAUCCUACAUGACCAACAUUACCCCGCCCAUGCAAUGUAUCUCUCGCUUCACUGAUAUAUAUGGUGAGAAAAUGCCCAUCCGUAUCGGAGGUACAACCCAGGACCGCGCGACGUACGACCCGAGCUUUGACGGCUAUGUGUCAUAUACUGUGGCGAAUCCGCUGGAUGCUCCUGAUACCUUGACAUACGGACCGAGAUUUUGGGAUUUGAUUAAUGUACAUGAGGGUGAAACAAUACUUGGAUUCAAUCGCGGCGACGAUAAUCAGAAUAAUACCUAUCUUGCUGUCGUCGAUGCGAAGGAACGGGUCCUCAGCAAUCUGUGGGCUGUGGAGCUGGGGAACGAGCCGGAUGUUUACCUCUUGCAAGACAAACCUGACGCUGUCAGUCCAUGGAAUGCAAGCCAAGAGGGAGCAGAUGCGGCCGACUGGGCGCAAGGCUUUAUUGAUGCAUGGCAGUCGCCCCUUCCGAUCCUCACUGCUGGUUCCUACGCAGUCGCCUACACCGAUAACCCCGAAUGGCCAAAUACUGACUAUCUCAUUGACACGGCCUAUAAUGACGCUGUCAAAGCCGCAGUUAGGGUCUACGUUGGCCAUUUAUAUGCCGCUCCGCCGGGGAACAAUACCCUGGCGACGGAAAUGAAUCAUGCCAAAACGGUCUCGGAUUUGUCCGUUUAUGCUGAUAGAGUGGCUACCGCUGCAUCAGUCAAUCGGUCUUUUAUUCUUGGUACCCAACAUCCUCUUCAUCCGUUCACGGCUGAAAAAGAGACAUUGACUGACCAAUGCUGGCCGUUGUGUUGUGUCGCAGGGGAAACGAACUUCCAUCCUUUCGACGUGGACAUGGAUGCAACCUUUGGCGCUGCAUUGCAGACCUUAGAUAAAUCCUUGCGCGCAGUGACACUAGGGAUCAAACGUUUGUUCUUCCAUCAGGGAACCAUCAAUCAAGCUCUUUUUAACUGGUGGUCCGAUAACCAGAUCAAUGCCCCUUUCUAUGGCGGAUAUUUCGCGGCCCUCGCACUCGCGGGGGGGGAUCAUAUUGUCGAACUGGACUCUGGAAGCAACUCGUACGCCCAGUACGUGAUUUAUCGCCAAGGACGGCCAACAAAAGUUGUACUUCUGAACACCGACUACUAUUCUGGCAGCGGCGAGCGGACUAGCAUCAGCAUCACCCUCGACGGCCUCGUGUCUUCCAAGGUCAAGGCUCUGCGAAUGACGGCAAUGUCAAGCGAUGUAACCACCAACCGCAAUGGGACUUAUCCCACCAUUGGAGGCCAGUAUUUCUCUGAUGUCGACUGCUCAUCCAUUGGUGCUUUGAAAUACGAAAGUACUACUGCGUCCAGAGGUGGUUAUCCUCCAACCCUUGCAAUAACAGGUGCUACCUUAACUUCAAAAUGGAUUGAAGGCAGUAACUACACGCAGGUAGUAGAGAUGGUUAUCACCAAUUCCAACAAGCAAAACUACCUUACCCUGGCUGAUACUCUAAGUAUUACUGUUGAAUCGGAUUCCUUGAUCACUGUUGUACCUGGGACUCUCACUCGUCUGGCACCGUCACAGUCAGCUGUGGUGCAGGUUGGUGUCCAAAAUAAACCCGGCGUUACUCCUGGCAGCACAUGCCAGGCCGCCGUUGUUGCAACAUAUGGCACACAGUAUGGCCCUGCAAUUACUACUAAUGAGACGAUCUCAGGACCGUGUGGGUUUGGUAGUUAUUCUGCGUCUGUGUCAAGCGUGGAUUAUCACUGGAAUCCAGACUGGUUCAAUGAAGUAAAAUUCGGAAUCUUCAUCCAUUGGGGUCUAUACUCAGCUCCUGCGUAUGGAAGUGUUGCUCCUAAUGAGGACUAUGCUGAAUGGUACUGGCGUCGUCAGCAUGAGCCGACCUACAAGACUAAAACGUAUCAAUACCAUCUCCAAACCUAUGGCGAGAACUUCAACUACGACCAGUUUAUGUCUAAUUUCACCGACAGUAACUUUGAUCCACAGGCGUGGGUCGAUUUGAUCGCGGCUGCUGGCGCUAAGUAUUUUGUUCCUGUUACUAAGCACCAUGAUGGAUUCGCACUCUUUAAUUUCUCCACGAGCAUCAGUCAGCGCUCGUCGAUUCAUUAUGGACCUAAGAGAGAUCUGAUUGGUGACCUGCUUGCGGCCGCGAAGCAGUAUCACCCCGAAAUUCGCAGAGGCACUUAUUUCAGUCUUCCGGAAUGGUACAAUCCAGCCUAUGAGAAAUACGCAUUCGGCGAUUUUGGUCUGCCUAACCAAAACCCUUACACAAACGCAACGAUUCCAUACACUGGCUAUGUUGAGGUAGAAGACUUUGUUGCUGAUAUUCAAGUCCCUCAAAUGGAACAGCUUGCCUACACUUAUGACACUGAGAUUAUGUGGUGUGAUAUUGGUGGCGCAAAUGAUAUGGUAAAUUUUGCUUCAGCAUGGCUUAAUUGGGCUACCCAGCAGGGACGACAAGUCACAUUUAACAACCGCUGCGGUAUCCAGGGAGAUUUUGACACACCCGAAUAUACUACGAACUCUGGAACAGUCUCACGUAAAUGGGAAUCUAAUCGUGGCAUGGAUCCCUUCUCCUUUGGAUAUAAUUACCAAACCCCUCUCAGCUCCUAUCUUACUGGUAACGAUAUUAUCCAAAGCCUAGUGGAUAUUACUAGUAAGAAUGGAAAUUUUCUUCUGGAUAUUGGGCCUAUGCAUGAUGGCACUAUUCCACAGAUCAUGCAGACUGGUCUUCGCAAUGCUGGAAGUUGGCUCCAAACUCAUGGCGAGGGUAUCUACAGCACAAGAUAUUGGAGUGUUACCCCAGGACUGAAUAAUUUCCGUUACACCACAACCCAGAACGCUUUCUAUAUCUUCUACCUACAAGCACCUCCCAGCCAGCUUGUGAUUCCUGAUCCAGUUCCCUGGCUACCAGGAGACACUAUCACUGUCCUUGGUGGUAGUCAGAAUGGCACAGUGCUCAGCGCCUCGAAGAAUACCAGUGGAAACUUGGUCUUGAAUUUGAGCUCGGCCAUCAUCUCAGGAGACCAGUAUGUUUGGGGCUUCAAGAUUGCUUACACCAGCACAUGGUAA